UCAACCAACUCAUCAUUCUAUCAUUUUGAGAUGGAAGAUGGGAAAAUAAACAUUGCAUUUAAUUGAAAUAGGUACUAAAAUUUAUUUACCUAUCUAUUAAAAUGGAAGCAAAAGAUGUGUGCGUUGAAAUAGAAAACGAUGAAUUCUAUAGCAAAUUCUUAGAAGACAAUGUGAAGCCUAUAGUGGCAGAAAACAUCUCCGUCACGGAACAAGUAGCUAAGCUCACUCUCGGCAUUGAAAAACUAGGAAAAAGCCUGGAGCAACAGGUUCUAUCCAAGCACAACGACCUCCUAACACAGGCAAGUCAUAUUUCUGACUUAGAAACCACAUUAGAGUCUAUAUAUUCUGAUGUGCAAAGCAUGUUACGUAGCGCCGAAAAUAUAAACGAUCGCGUCAACACACCUUACCGCACGCUUGAAAACCAAACUCUUAUGCUGGAACGAGUACAAACUACGUGCAAUUUACUCAGGCAUACGUCGAAAAUCAUCGCAUUGUGGAAUAAACUUUCUACUAUCCAAGACAACCCUUCCAAGGAAGCUAUUGUACUGUUUGAAAUAAACGAGUUGAUAAGCGACUACGAUUUCGAAGGGAUAGAUUUACUGGAGGAUAUAUUGAAACAAGUACAUCAUAAAAGAGUUGAAUUAUUAAAUAAUUCAACUGCAGCAUUACAAGAGAGUUUACUAAAUGGUGAUAAAUCCAAGCUGUUACAAUGUUUCAAAGUAUUCCAUAAUCUUCAAUGUACUAAUGAACAAAUUAGAAAAACUGUAGACAGCAUAUUAAAUGACUUAAAAACAGAUAUAGCUAAUGCAUUAAACAUAAAGACAGAAACACAAUUCGAGCUAAAGAAAUCCAGUUCAGCCAAGAUGACACCUGGUAAAGCUAACUUAAUGAGCUCACAUGAAUUAAAGACAAUGCUUUGGGAUAACAUUGAGAAAUUAUUUAAAGUUGAAAUUUUCAAUAGUUGCUCAAAGGUCAUCAUGCUUCAAAAUGUUAUAAAUGAAUUACAUGCCAUAGGAAAUUUCAGAAAUAUUGCCAAAAAUUUUUGGUCUGAUUUGUCAACAGUGUUCAGCAGUGAACUGGAAAAAUCUUCGAUACCAGUAAACCAAUGCAUUGAAAUUGAUUAUCCUAAAUUGCUGAAAUGCUUUAAUGACUUACAUUCCCGGCUAAAAUGUAAAGAUCUAGAAAUCAAUAGAUCUGCUUUGACAAAAUGGGAAAACUCCUUUUUAUCUAAAUCUUUAGGAAAACUAUUGGAACCUGUAAGAAGUAUGUGGCAUCUGAACCAAGUUCCAACUAUGGAUCAAAUAGACAAUGCCAUAAGAGUUAUAACAGAAGCACUGAGUAUUUCUCUUGGAGAUAAACAGUUGAGCAUAAGUUUAGCUAACAGUGUUGCAAAGUCGAUAAAACAAAUGAAUAUGGAAGCUGAACAGAGAUUAUCUAUGGACAGUGAUGUGGCACAGAUCAUAGAGUCACCAACAAGUUCCCAACAAAAAAAUGCUGAGCUCUGUAAUGCAAUGUACUACUUUUCUUCAUUAAUAAAAAGAGUCCUCGUUAACAUGAGUGCAAUGUUACCGCCAGAGAGUAUCCAAACUGUUCAGAACAGCUUAAAGGAUAUUUCCAGCAUGCCUAUAUUGCAGCUGUAUGCUGAAUCAAUAAAGAAUUCUUUAUACAUAAUUUUGAUGACAAUGCAUGAAGAGCCUGACCUGACCAGAGCUGAUAAUCCUACUGGUAAAUCACUCUCAUGCUCUCCAUACAUGAAGGAGCUACAACAAUUUGUGUCAAGAUGCAAAGACAUUUACUUGUCCAUGUUCAGGGAGAAAGGUGCUUUAAAUGAAUGCUGUAUCAACAUAGCUACAGCAUGUGUCGAGAGAUUUAUUCAACAUGUGUGUAAUGUGAGGCCACUGAGUCAGUUUGGGCGGGUGAAGUUGCAACUUGACUGCAAACAUCUUGAAGUGGCACUGUCUCCUCUGCUAAGUGAUAUGACCGAUCUUGGAGAUCAUUACAGGCAAUUAAAAGCCUUAUGUCUAAUGCUAGAAAAAACACCACAGGAAAUAACAACUAGCCAGUUGGAGGGAGCUUGCUUGCCUCAUUCCUUGGUAAUUAUGUAUCUAUUUUCUUACGCGGAAUCACAAUUGAUAGCUCCCCAUACAUGUGCUGGCUGGAAUAUUCAGAGACUAAUGCAGUGGAUGGAUUCCCAUAAAAAUGAAAAAGAGAGGCUGGAUUUUGUUGCUGGAGCGUUGCAAAGAUACCAGAACCAUGUGAGAGACAAUCAAAUAGCUACUUAUGAUGAAGUCUACCCAGUUUUAUUGCAGCUUCUUGAGGAUGGUAGAAAAAUGUUGAAGAAUAUUAGUUUUAAUUAAAAGUGAUCAUCUAUAAAA